CGUCUUGGCUAUGUUUACCCAAAAGUGAAAUUUUAACGUUUCUCUUUUUGCUGUUAACACAGCCUAAAAGCAUUUGGCAGUAUACGCGUUUGGAUCAUCCGGUGUCAUUAUGCAACUAAAUGGAAGCGCGGCGCUCACAGGGGAAGUGUGAUAGGAUUACUAAGUAGUUUUUGAAAGACCAUCCGGAUUCCUUGUCGUCGUACCAUAUGUUUGCAUCGUAAUAUCAACUCGUACGAAGCAAUUAACCUUAAUGAGGUUUUGUUGUUAAAGUGCAUCGGCAACAGAAAUACAAGAGCUGCAACGGCCGCAAUUUCUGGAUUUGCGCUCCGUUUUCCUGAAUGAGGCUGCUGCAGUUUUUCCCAUCCACACGAAGAAAAAGAUAAGAACAUAAACCGGAGAAGAAGACGUACGUACCAAGAACGGGAGAACCUUUUAUAAAAAAGUGGUGGAAAGUUGCGACCUGCCACCGAAAACGGUGAUAUAUGAAGAUCAAGAUAGGGGUGAUUGCUUGGGCUCGCAGAGAUGCCGAUGCACCCCGUGACCUCGACUUUAAUGUACAGGGGGAUUUGCACUAUUCCAGACAUCCUUUCCUACCGGACCCCCAUUAAUCUGCCGGAGGACGAGGUGGAGGAGAUCCGAGAGGCCUUCAAAGUAUUCGACCGCGAUGGGAACGGCUUCAUCUCCAAGCAGGAGCUGGGCAUGGCCAUGCGCUCCCUGGGGUACAUGCCCAACGAGGUGGAGCUGGAGGUCAUCAUCCAGAGGCUGGACAUGGACGGGGACGGCCAGGUGGAUUUCGAGGAAUUCGUCACCUUGCUCGGACCAAAGCUGUCGGCGGCCGGCAUGCCGGACAAGUUUCACGGAACAGAUUUCGACUCGGUGUUUUGGAAGUGUGACAUGCAGAAGCUGACUGUGGAGGAGCUGAAGAGGCUGCUUUACGACACCUUCUGCGAUCACCUGUCUAUGAAAGACAUCGAGAACAUCAUCAUGACUGAGGAGAACCACAUCAAGAACCCAGAGCAGUGUCAGGUGGAUAUCGACACCAGCCCAACGCAGCAGGUCAAGCAGACCUGUGUGCGAAAGAGCCUGAUCUGCGCCUUUGCCAUCGCCUUCAUCAUCAGCGUCAUGCUCAUUGCGGCCAAUCAGGUCCUGCGCAGUGGCAUGAAGUAAGAGCCUCAUCGGGCUCCACCUAUCUCCACCGGACUGACACAGACCACACCCACCUCCCCUCCUUAACCAAUAACCCCCAAGCAGAUAAUAAUCAUCGUUUUCCAAAAUUUACGCACAGGGACUGCCGUCCACUGGAAACUCAGCAGGCAAAAAUGGGCUGAAGCUGGUCUUGCGAUAGAGACCAAUACUUAUGCAUGAAGAGCAUGUAUUUACAUCACCAAAAAAAAAAUCAAAGUUAUGAUUAUAAAUAUGAUUAUUAGCACAUGUAUGAGUGACUGUGUAAAAGCCAACUGUAACUUAUUUAUGAUCAGCUGUGGCCAGUGUCAUCCAGGGCUGGUCGGGGUUUGACGUCUCUGGUGAUUGGGGUUUUAGCAAAGAGAAGGGCUGUUUAGGAAAAUACUGCAGCUUUGUAAUUAAUGUUCUGGAAGAUUCCCCCACUACUGACCGCUCCCUCAUCAGACUUGGUGCCCCACAAUUAUACUCUGUCGUCUGGGGCAUUUGCAACUCAUUAAUAAUUCAUUAUAAAUAGCUACCAAAAAAAUGUAAUUGAGUAAGCGGCAAUCGCUUUCAUUAUUUCAUGGAUCGCUGCUUCAGAAACAUCGGAUAUUAAAACACACACACACACACACACACACACACAGGUUUGUAAUUAUAACUUUAUAGGGACUCUCCAUUCAUUUCUAUGGG